GCAGUCAACUGCUUGGAUCGGCAUGUUCAGAAGUCCCCAGAGAGCGUUGCUUUGAUCUGGGAGCGAGACGAACCCGGAACGGAAGUGAGGAUCACCUACAGGGAACUGUUGGAGACCACGUGCCGCCUGGCCAACACAUUGAAGAGGCAUGGAGUUCGUCGAGGGGACCGUGUGGCCAUCUACAUGCCUGUGUCCCCACAGGUCGUGGCUGCAAUGCUUGCCUGUGCCAGGAUCGGGGCUGUCCACAAUGUCAUCUUUGCUGGCUUCAGUGCACAGUCCUUGGCUGGGAGGGUCAAUGAUGCAAAGUGCAAGGUGGUUAUCACCGUCAACCAAGGACUGAGGGGAGGACGCGUGUUGGAGCUGAAGAAGAUAGUGGAUGAAGCCAUGAAGCACUGCCCAACGGUCCAGCAUGUCCUGGUGGCUCACAGGACGGAAAACAAGGUCCCCAUGGGGAAGCUGGAUGUCCCCCUGGAGGAGGCCAUGGCCAAGGAGGACCCUGUGUGUGCCCCAGAGAGCAUGGGCAGCGAGGACAUGCUCUUCCUGCUAUACACCUCCGGGAGCACCGGGAAGCCCAAGGGGCUCGUGCACACCCAGGCGGGCUACCUGCUGUUUGCCGCCAUGACGCACAAGCAUGUGUUUGACCACCGGCCGGGAGACAUCUUCGGCUGCGUGGCCGACAUUGGCUGGAUCACCGGGCACAGCUACGUGUUAUAUGGGCCCCUCUGCAAUGGAGCGACCAGUGUCCUUUUUGAGAGCACUCCAGUUUACCCUGACCCUGGUCGGUAUUGGGAAGUGGUGCAGAGGUUGAAGAUCAAUCAGUUCUAUGGAGCCCCAACGGCUUUCCGGCUGUUGAUAAAAUAUGGCGACACCUGGGUGAAGAAGUAUGACCGCUCGUCCCUGCGGACUCUGGGGUCAGUGGGAGAACCAAUCAACCGUGAGGCCUGGGAUUGGCUCCACGAAGUGGUGGGGGACAGCAAAUGCACGCUGGUGGACACCUGGUGGCAGACAGAGACGGGCGGCAUCUGCAUCGCACCACGGCCCUCGGAAGAAGGGGCGGAAAUCCUCCCUGCCAUGGCGAUGAGGCCCUUCUUUGGCAUUAUGCCCGUUCUCAUGGAUGACAAGGGGAACGUUUUGGAGGGCAACAAUGUCUCCGGGGCUCUGUGCCUCUCACAAGCCUGGCCGGGCCUGGCCAGGACCAUCUACGGAAACCACCAGAGGUUCCUAGAGACCUAUUUCAAGAUUUACCCAGGCUACUACUUCACUGGAGACGGAGCUCUCCGAACCGAGGGAGGCCAUUACCAGAUCACGGGGCGGAUGGACGACGUCAUCAACAUCAGUGGCCACAGGCUGGGCACUGCGGAGGUCGAGGAUGCGAUGGCGAGCCACCCUGAAGUGCCUGAGACCGCUGUCAUUGGCUACCCCCACGACAUCAAAGGAGAAGCUGCAUUUGCCUUCAUUGUAUUGAAAGAUAGCGUAAGUGAUACGGAUGCAGUGGUGAAUGAGCUCAGGUCCACAGUGGCCACCAAGAUUGCCAAGUAUGCUGUGCCCGAUGAGAUUCUGAUAGUGAAACGUCUUCCAAAAACUCGGUCUGGAAAAGUCAUGCGGAGGCUCCUGAGGAAGAUCAUCACGGGCAAAGCUCAGGAUCUGGGGGACACCACCACCCUGGAGGACCCCAGCAUCAUCUCAGAAAUACUGAGUGCCUACCAGAAGCACCAAGACAAGAAGGCAGCUCGCCAGUGAUGGGCUGUGACCAAGACCCAGCGCCCAAGCCCCUAACUUGUCCUAGGACAUGGCUGUCAGUUGGCUUGUUUUUAUUUGUCCCAGAGAAGUGCCCUCCCAGCACAUAACCCACACCGCCCCUCAUGGAAAGUCCGUGCUAAAACCCCUUCCCCUUUGUGUUGGAGAACCCAUGCGACGAUUCUAUAAAAUUGGUUAGAGUCUGUUCUCCUUGUCCUGAAUUUGGUUUCCUUGAAUGAGAAGUCCCUGUUGUGUCUGUUUCUGUGUCGCGCCAGACUGCACAGGAGGGUGAAAAACCCGGUAGAUUGUGCCUGCUCAGGUGACUGAGAAGUAGAAGCAGGCAGGUUUUUUUCCAGAUGUUUCUAGAUAUAAAAGGUGGAUGUGUUAUUUUUGCACUUUUAUAUUUUGGAAGCAUAACAUGCAAACAACAUGGGGAAUGUGUGGGUUUGCUUGUACAUGCUCUUUGUAACAUCUAGAGUUCUGAAGAUCUUGUCUGCCUUUGCCCGGGGGCAAACAUGGAGAGGGACGGGGUGCACUUGUAAUGAUGGUUGGCCAUAGCUGGAAAUCUGAAUUGGAAGUGUUUGUACCUCAGUAUAAACAGCUCUCGUGAGAAUGCUUGAGCCUGCAGCAUCCUUUCUUUGGUAUAAAGUUCCACUUCUCUUGGUUUGUGUACAAAUGAAACUCAACUUGUAAAGUGGUGGCAUGGAUGUGCUCCCCUUUUAGUUCUAAAGCUGCUCCAGUCACACGUCCUGUUUCUCCAAGCUGUGAUCUGGGAAGAUUUCCCUCUCCCCACCUUGGAUACCUCUUGGUAGGAGGUCAACAUGCUCCAAAUUUGUGGGGUGGUUCAGGGAAGCCAGUUAAAACUCCGGUAACCGAGAGCAUGAAUUCGGCUAGAACUCUGCCGAAUUCAUUCUGUCGUUGGGGCAUAAGAACCAUAGAGGCCCAGGGAUGAGGGCUGGAGCCCUGAAUCAAGUUUCUCUCUCUCAAUGUGCCUUACGUCCCCUCAGGUUAGCAUGAUGAUGUAAAUCAUCAAGUCAGAAAGUGUCUGUUUAUUAGCCAAGCAUACCAGGGACGAUGGUGUGGAGUACAGGGGACGGUAGCCUGCUGAGGACAGGGAAAGGUUAUCCUUGUCGUUACCUCACAGUCCAUAGUACCUUGCACCUGUGUAGGUGUUUAAGGAGUGUAUGGGGUACUGGAUACUUACUGUGGGCUGUAGCUGUGCUGGCCUCUGGGGUGGAUUAGGCAAGUACACCUGUGACACCAAUGGAGUGGCCAUUGGCUAUAGCACACAGAUAUGCCGAGUGACGGUCUGUUGUCACAGUGCUUAGCCACAGAGAACCAUGCACCUGAACCUGUCACAUGUGUGGUGCACUCAGAAGACUGUAGUUAUGGUGCACUUUAUGAAAUGGCUCAGAUGUAAGCUUGCACAGUGCCCAGGGCCUCAGAGUGAUCUGCAGGGCAGCUCUAAUAAAGCUUUAUUUUGUUCAUUC